UUAACCUCCUUCACUUGAACCCUUCGCCGCCAAACACAACAUUGUAGGCCUGUACGGUUCCUCCCCUUCUACCAAACCGCCAAUCCCCCUCUGCCUCCCUGCCUCCCUCUCUCUCUCAGACUUGGGUCUCUGUCUCUCCACGAAAUGUUGGAAGCUAUUCGAAUCUAUCCAUCUUCUACAUCCUUAAGAGCCAUCACAACCCUUUCUGAUUCUUCCUGUAAAAUCUCUCUAGGAUUUUUAAACUCUUUGACUCUCGGAUGCAGAUCGCCUUUUUCAUCCGUUUAUGCUUCUCGUGAGAUCCUGAGGUUUGGGAAGAGAUUUCUCGUUCUUCAGCAAGAAGGGUCUUUGCAAGAGCUCGAUGACUCACCCGUUUCUGUUGAGCUCCAACCCAUUUCUAGCGAAUCCAUGUUCGAUCGGGUUAUUAAUGGGGCUCCGAAGCGCGACGACGCGGUCGUAAUUGUCUGGAUGGCACGUUGGUGCAGAAAAUGCAUAUAUUUAAAACCGCAACUCGAAAAGUUGGCAGCAGAGUAUUACCCAGGAUUGCGGUUCUACCACGUUGACGUUAAUACAGUUAGCCAUAAACUUGUUGCGCGGGCUGGUGUAACUAAAAUGCCAACCAUACAAUUAUGGAUGAAUGGUGAGAAACGAGCUGAAGUCAUUGGUGGCCAUAAAGCACAUCUGGUAAUAAAUGAAGUCCGGCAGAUGAUUGAGAAUGAGUCCACUGAAUGAGUUAGUAGUGCAACACGUAAUUUUUCAUUAGUUAUCUUCUAAAUUCUUGUAAAUUCUGAAGGGCUAAAGGGCAAACACAUCUAAAAAAUUGUCGGCCUGAAGUAUCUAACAGUUUAAAGUGAAGAAAAAUGUACGAGUGCUUAUGAACUUAUUUUUUUCAAUGCACGGUCAUCAUUAAAUUGUGGAUUUAAAAUUUAAUAGUUUAGCCUCGGAUGCACCGAAAAAACAACUUUAUGAACAAUCGUACAUUUUUUUUCAUUUUAUGCCAUUAGAUGUUCCUAAUCAAUGAUUUUUUAGAUAUUUUUGCCUCCACCCAAAUCUAAAACCAAGGAAUUGAUUUCUGCAUGAUGCUGUAAGAGGAGAGAGCAACACUUGGGGUCCUAAAUAUGGUACUACGUGGCAAGUGGGGCUCACCCAUCUCAUGAUGGUCACUCUUUCCCCUUGCAUUUAUUUACUAUUGUUUCUGUAGAUGAGCAGUAGAACGCCGCGAUUUAAUGUUUAUAUUUUUUGACCUGUUAUAGCAAAAGGGAAUGAAUUGUUUUGCUACGUUUUCUUGGCCACCCGAUUUGCUUAUGGAGGUUCUUGUUUUAUUUUUUAAA